CUCACCCAAGAACUUUUACUUAAAAAUCAGAAGUCACUGAAAGAAAAGACGGUGCAUUUUUUUGCAGGGCAACAGCAGUCAGCUAGGUUUGAAUGUCAGAUUUACAGCCUCUUAAAAGAAAGGCUGUAACUUUUACGGCUCUUAGAGAAAACAGCUGAAUUUAAUAGCUACACCAAGGGUGUUCCAAUUAUGUGCUUUACUUCUGCUGCAUUACAGCAAUUUUAAGAACAAAAUUGCAGCCUGUGAGAUAGAAUUAGAUAAAGCUACCUGCUGUGAAAGGUUGGGUGUUGGGGUGGUUGUAUAUAAGAAGCGAGAUGACAAGCAUUCUUGCAGGGCAUUUUCAAACAGAAGAUUCGGAGUUACUCCGCAACCUCUCUCAGCAAGCAGGAUGGAAAAGUCCAGGAAGAUCUUUGUCAGCGUCCUCCUGUUUGUCAUGGCUGUGGAAAUCUGCUUGGCUCAACACUGGUCUUACGGUCUGCAACCAGGAGGAAAAAGAAACGCUGAAAACCUGGUGGAAUCCCUUCAAGAGAUUGCGAGUGAAAUGGAAAAGCUAGGGGACGUGCAGAAGACUGAAAGCCCGGGCUGGUACCAGCACUCCAGGUUCAGCAAUCUGAAGGAAGCUGUGGAAAGUCUGAUCGAAGGAGAAGCUAGACGAAAGAAGAUUUAAAUCCACAAAGCCAAACGGAACAACGGACCCAGAAUAAAAUUUCAAAGCUGUGUUAAAAUCAGUUCCUCUUCAAAUGGCCUUUGCUUAGAUUGCAUGAUGUGAAUAAAUACUCUGAAGCUGCAUGUAAGUAGUAGACGAUAAUUGUUGUGUAGAUUACCAGUUUAUAUGUAAAAGGGAACAAAUUCCAGCCCAGUGGCUGGACUCGGUGGCGCAGGGUCUGCUUUGUCCCCUGCAAUGAGAACUUGGACGUGACAGCUUUUGUUUCCCACGGACAGACAAUGCCUGGACAAAGGCACCGUCUGAUCUCACUAGUCUCCGGAUAAAACAGUAAUACAACUUUGUUAAAAAUCAAGAAUAAACUUACUGUUGGAAUGCAAUUCCACUCGCA